AUGCCGAAUUCCCUCGCUGGUGAUCAGGUUCCCCCCCCAACUCUGGACACCGUUGACCUGGUGGACUGGAGUCUGAGAAAUGCAGGAAACUCCAGUUCUGUUUCAGUCUUAGACGAGGGGACCAAGGACCCAUGGGCCCUUCCUCAGCUGAAGGACACUGGCCAGCUGAAAGCGCUCAGUAUGGCCAGCAGACUGCGCCACAUGGGCAUCAGCUUCCUGAAGGCCUGUGGGCUCCUGGGCAGCCUCUAUUUCUUUAUCUGCUCUCUGGACAUMCUUAGCUCUGCCUUCCAGCUACUGGGAAGCAAAAUGGCAGGAGAGAUCUUCAAGGAGAGUGUGGUGCUGUCCAACCCUGUGGCUGGACUGGUCAUAGGUGUGUUGGUCACAGUCCUAGUACAGAGCUCCAGCACAUCCUCCUCCAUUGUGGUCAGCAUGGUGUCGUCCAAGUUGCUGACCGUCCAGGUAUCUGUGCCCAUAAUCAUGGGCGUCAAUGUUGGCACAUCCGUCACCAGCACCCUGGUCUCAAUGGCACAGUCUGGGGACCGGGACGAGUUUCGCAGGGCCUUCAGUGGCUCAGCAGUGCACGGGAUCUUCAACUGGCUCACGGUGCUUGUCCUACUGCCGCUGGAGAGUGCCACCGCCAUGCUGGAGAGGCUGAGUGAGAUGGUCCUGGGCGCUGCCAGCCUGCAGCCGGGGGGGCAGGCCCCUGACAUCCUCAAGGCGCUGACACAGCCUCUCACACACCUCAUUGUGCAGCUGGACAGCAAUGUGAUUGCAGGCAGUGCUACUGGCAAUACUACCAACAGCAGCCUCAUUAAGCGGUGGUGUGGCAUCAGGGCAAAGACGACGGAGGGUAGCAGCAACCAAUGUGGAGCCUUUGGUCCCUGCACUGAGAACAACACAGUCCCUGAGGACAGGCUGCCCUGCCAGCACCUGUUUGCGCACUCCACRCUCACAGACCUGGCGGUGGGCUGCAUCCUGCUGGCGGGCUCCCUGCUGGUGCUGUGCCUCUGCCUGGUCCUCAUCGUCAAGCUGCUCAACUCCCUGCUGCAAGGCCGCAUAGCCCAGGCUGUGAGGAGUGUCAUCAAUGCAGACUUCCCCUUCCCCUUUGGCUGGCUCAGCGGUUACCUGGCAAUCCUCGUGGGCGCUGGCCUGACCUUCCUACUCCAGAGCAGCAGCGUCUUCACUGCAGCCAUCGUGCCGCUCAUGGGUGUUGGGGUGAUCAGCCUGGACCGGGCAUACCCCCUCUUCCUGGGCUCCAACAUCGGCACCACCACCACGGCCCUGCUGGCUGCCUUGGCCAGCCCUGCUGACAUGCUGCUCUUUGCUGUCCAGGUUGCCCUCAUUCACUUCCUCUUCAAUCUGGCCGGCAUACUGCUGUGGUACUUGGUGCCCAUCCUGCGGCUGCCCAUCCCAUUGGCCAAGCGCUUUGGAGACUUGACUGCUCGCUACCGCUGGGUGGCCAUUGUGUAUCUGCUCCUCACCUUCCUUCUGCUGCCCCUGGCAGCCUUUGGGCUCUCCCUGGCAGGGAGCAUGGUGCUGGCUGCAGUCGGGGGUCCCCUGGUGGGGCUGGUGCUCCUUGUCAUCCUGGUUAAUGUUCUGCAGCAGCGACGCCCAUCUUGGCUGCCAAGCUGCCUGCGGUCUUGGGCCUGGCUGCCCCUCUGGCUCCAUUCCCUGGAACCCUGGGACCGCCUGAUGACUCACUGUUGCCCUGGUAGAGCUUGUGGCCCCUCUCAGAGUACUGCCAAAGAGGCUCACUGCUAUGAUAACCCUGAGAUCCUGGCUUCCCAGCAGUUGUAA